UUCAUUAAAACAAAAUGGACCAGAAAAGGCUGAAAAGACCGUUAAUGGAAGAUGUGGUCUACAGAUUGAAACCAUCCUACACAGUCGUGAGACCAUCACAAACAGCGCAACAAUAAGUACACAGCAAGAGGUAACGAGGUUUUGAAGAAGUAUUUAUAGCAAGUCUCAGUAUACCCAGCCAAUCCUUAGAAAGCGAGGCUUACGACUUCCUAGUUUUUUCUUAUACUCAUUGCUGGCGACGCAGUCCUCGCCUGUACCCGGGGUAUUUAUUCACGCAUUGUGGCACUGCGAUCAGCAGUUCAAAAGCCGAGUGCACUAACAGGUCACCUCACAUGAAUGAACCCCACUGACAGGGAUGGUGCACUUGUCUGCUGAUAGAAAAUGAAGACUUCACACGUUAAAGUACUUACAACAUUUUGUCUUUUCUUCCAAGUUUCUUGAAAGCAGAGUGAUUCUCACGCCGGGUGGUUCAGAAAUGCUCGUGCAACCUUUAUUCUGCUGACGCCACCUGGAUAGUCGACUACAAACAUUAUUUACUGAGAGGGCAGGUGAAUAGUUUUAUUUCCAGUGACUACUGACUAGCAUCACCCGAUCACAGUUUUACUGUUUAUAUGAGUUUUGACUGUUUGUCACAACAAGGCGUGAGAUCAAAGUCCCUAUUGUGAUCGAAUUCUAACAAUGGCAACAAAGGAUGAUUCAUCCAUUCCAUCCUGGGUCAGACAUGCACGGCCUGUCAGUGAUUUGUUUCGUACAAGACAGCAACAACCGUGGUUCAAAUGGCAACCAGAUUAUCAAGCAAAUUCCUUCUUAGAACCUAAGCCGAUUGUCAGUGGCCGACAUCCCGACAGGGACCGAACUGAAGGUUUUUCGACAGGGUUUGAAAGAGCAAGUACCGCUAUCGCAACGUACAGACAACGACCAGAGGCAGUGACUGUUCAAAUACUGAGGAAGGAGAGAAGGAACCAAAGAGGUCUAAGAAGAAGCAACGAAUCUGCAUCGUUGUUUCUCUGAUCGCAGUUUUUGUCCUUGUUGCCGGUGCAGUGGCCAUCGCUGUAACGUUAAGCACGUUAUCCAACAGGGGUACGAUCUACGAGGAACAAGUAUCAGAUGUGAGUAUGCAGUUGAAGGUGACAAGUCAGGAAUACUCAGCGAGCAUGGCAGACAACACCUCAAGGGAGUUCAAGUUCUUUGAAGCAGGAUUCUGCCAGCAGGUGAAUACAGCUCUGUGUAACAGAAGCCAAAUAGGAGAAUGCAGAGACUGCGUCAUAAAGAGCUUGGCGAAUGGUUCAGUUAUCGUCUUCUUCUUUCUUCGUAUCAAGCCUGUUUCACAGCUGUCACCAGCUGUGAUUAUAAACACGCUGAUUGAAUCCGCAAGGACAAAUGGAACUGAAGGUGAUCAGGUUUUUCUGGGCAGCGAUCUGUGGAGCAUUUCUAAAGCCAGUAUCACAGUAGUGCAGAUAGUCACAGUCAGUGUAACAACUGUGCCAUCAUACAUGUCAUCGAGUACAACUGCAGCUGUAGCAAGUACAAAUGAAGCCGCAACAACAGGAGCUAACCUAAUAACUACAACUGUAGCAAGUACGGCGUCGACUGCAACAAGUGCUGCUACUUCAAUAUCAACCUCACCAGAAACGAGCACAACAACAAUUGUAUCAAGUUCGAAUACAUUUAAAGAAAGCACAACAGCAGUGCCUAUUACAACUACGUCAGUAUCUAGUACAAUAACGUCAGUACUAAGUACGACUACAGCUGUUCCUACCACAACUGCGUCAGUACCAAGUUCAACUACAGCUACAUCAACAACUACGUCAGUAACAAGUAUGACUACAGCCGUACCAGCUACAACUACGUUAGCACCUAGCAUAAUGACGUCAGUACCGAGCACUACUACAUCAGUACCAAGCUCGACUACAGCCGGACCAACUACAACUCCGUCAGUACCAAGUACAAUUACAUCGGUGCCGAGUACGACUACAGCUGUUCCUAAUGCAACGACAUCAGUACCAAGCUCGACUACAGCCGCACCAACUACAACUACGUCAGUACAAAGUACAAUAACGUCGUUACCGAGUACGACUACAGCUGCACCAACUACCACUACAUCAGUACCAAGCUCGACUACAUCUGCACCAACAACUACUACAUCAUUACCCAGUACAAUAACGUCGGUGCCUAGUACGAUUACAGCUGCGCAAACUACAACCACAUCAGUACCAAGCUCGGCUACAGGUGCACCAACUACAACUACGUCAGUACUUAGUACAAUUACGUCAGUGCCGAGUACGACUACAGCUGUUCCUACCACAACUACGUCAGUACCUAGUACAAUUACGUCGGUAACGAAUACGACAACAGCUUUUCCUACUACAACUACAUCAGUACCAAACUCGUCUACAAUUUCAUCAACUACAGCUACAUCAGUACCAAGCUCGACUACAGCUGCACCAACUACAACUACGACAGUACCAAGCUCGACUACAACUGCACCAACUACAACUACGUCAGUACCUAGUACAAUCACGUCAGUGCCUAGUACGACUACAUCUAUUACUAUUACACCUACGUCAGUACCUAGUACAAUUACGUCGGUACCGAGUACGACUACAGCUGCACCAACUACCACUACAUCAGUGCCGACCUCGACUACAGCUGCAUCAACUACAACCACAUCAGUACCAAGCUCGACUACAGCUGCACCAACUACAUCUACGUCAGUACCUAGUACAAUUACGUUGGUGCCGAGUACGACUUCAGCUGUUCGUACUACAACUACAUCAGGACCAAGCUCGACUACAACUGCGCAAACUACAACCACAUCAGUACCAAGCUCGACUACAGCUGCACCAACUACAUCUACGUCAGUACCUAGUACAAUUACGUCGGUUCUGAGUACGACUACAGCUCUUCCUACUACAACUACAUCAGUACCAAGCUCGACUACAGCUGCACCAACUACAGCUUCGUCAGUACCUAGUACAAUUACGUCGGUGCCGAGUACGACUACAGCUGUUCCUACUUCAACAGCAUCAAUUCCGAGCACGACUACGACUGUAUCAACUACAACUACAUCAGUACCAAGCUCAACUACAGCUCUACCAACAACAGCUACGUCAUUACCUAGUACAACUAUGUCAGUACCUAGUACAAUUACGUCGGCACCGAUUACGACAACAUCUUAUCCUACUACAACUACAUCAGUACCAAGCUCGACUACAGCCACACAAACUACAUCUACGUCAGUACCUAGUACAAUCACGUCAGUGCCUAGUACGACUUCAGCUGUUCCUACCACAACUACAUCAGUACCAAGCUCGUCUACAGCUGCACCAACAGCAACAAAGUCAGUACCUAGUACAAUUACGUCGGUACCGAGUACGACUACAGCUGCACCAACUACCACUACAUCAGUGCCGACCUCGACUACAGCUGCAUCAACUACAACCACAUCAGUACCAAGCUCGUCUACAGGUGCACCAACAGCAACAACGUCUGUACCUAGUACAAUUACAUCGGUACCGAGUACGACUACAGCUGCACCAACUACAACUACGUCAGUACCUAGUACAAUCACGUCAGUGCCUAGUACGACUACAUCUAUUACUACUACACCUACGUCAGUACCUACUGCACCACCAACAACAACGUCAGUACCUAGUACAAUCACGUCGGUGUCGAGUACGACUACAGCUGUUCCUACUACAACUAUAUCAGUACCAAGCUCGACUACAGCUGCACCAACUACAUCUACGUCAGUACCUAGUACAAUUACACCAAGUACGACACAACUUCAGUCUAGUACAAUCACGUCGGUGUCGAGUACGACUACAGCUCUUCCUACUACAACUAUAUCAGUACCAAGUUCGACCACUGCUGCAGCCACAACCGCUACAACAGUAACAAGUGCGAAUACAGCCACACCAACUACAACUACAUCAGUUCCAAGCUCGACUACAUCUACAUUAACUGCAGAUACGUCAGUACCGAGUACAAUCGCGUCGGUGCCCGGUACGACUACAACAGUUCCUACUACAACUACAUCGGUAAUAACUUCAACUACACCUCAAGCAACUUCAACUGCUUCAUUGCCAAUAUCGUCGACAGACACACCAAGCACAAGUACGUUAGUGCCUAGUGAAAGUACAGCUGUUCCUACUACAACUGCAUCAGUAACAAGCUUGACUACAGCAGCGCCAACUACAACUACGUCAGUACCCAGUACAAUGACGUCGGUGCCCAGUACGACAACCGCAAUGCCAACUACAACUACAUUAGGAUUAAGCUCGACUUCAGCUAUACCAACUACAACUACAUCAGCAAUAGUCUCGACUACAGUUGCACUGACUUCAAGUACCUCAGUAUCAAGUACAAAUACAGCCGCACCAACUACAAUUACAUCGGUACCAAGCUCGACUACUGCUGAAGCAACAACAUCUACGUCAGUAACUAGCCCAAUCACGUCAGUACUGAGUACCAGUACAACAGUUCUAACUACAGUUACGCCAAUACCAAGCUCGAGUACAGCUGUACCAGCUACAACUACAAUAGUACCGAGCACAAUGACGUCAGAACCAAGUACGAAUACAGCUAUUCUAGUACAACAACUUCAGGUGCAUCAAUUACAACUAUAUCAGUACCGAGUUCCACUAGCUGUACCUUCUACAUUAGUACCAAGCUCAACUGCAGCUGAGACUACUACAACUACUGCAGGACCUAGUACAAUGACGUCAGUACCAAGCUCAACUGCAGCUGCGACUACUACAUCUACUCCAGGACCUAGUACAAUGACGUCAGUAUCAAGCUCAGCUAUAACUGAGCCAACUACAACUACUGCAGGACCUAGUACAAUGACGUCAGUACCAAGCUCAACUGCAGCUGAGACUACUACAUCUACUCCAGGACCUAGUACAAUGACGUCAGUACCAAGCUCAACUGCAGCUGCGACUACUACCACUACUCCAGAACCUAGUACAAUGACGUCAGUACCAAGCUCAACUGCAGCUGAGACUACUACCACUACUCCAGAACCUAGUACAAUGACGUCAGUACCAAGCUCAACUGCAGCUGAGACUACUACCACUACUCCAGAACCUAGUACAAUGACGUCAGUACCAAGCUCAACUGCAUCUGAGACUACUACGACUACUCCAGGACCUAGUACAAUGACGUCAGUACCAAGCUCAACUGCAGCUGCGACUACUACAUCUACUCCAGGACCUAGUACAAUGACGUCAGUAUCAAGCUCAGCUAUAACUGAGCCAACUACAACUACUCCAGGACCUAGUACAAUGACGUCAGUACCAAGCUCAACUGCAGCUGAGACUACUACAUCUACUCCAGGACCUAGUACAAUGACGUCAGUACCAAGCUCAACUGCAGCUGAGACUACUACCACUACUCCAGAACCUAGUACAAUGACGUCAGUACCAAGCUCAACUGCAUCUGAGACUACUACGACUACUCCAGGACCUAGUGUAAUGACGUCAGUAUCAAGCUCAACUAUAACUGAGCCAACUACAACUACUCCAGGACCUAGUACAAUGACGUCAGUACCAAGCUCAACUGCAGCUGAGACUACUACAUCUACUCCAGAACCUAGUACAAUGACGUCAGUACCAAGCUCAACUGCAUCUGAGACUACUACCACUACUCCAGAACCUAGUACAAUGACGUCAGUACCAAGCUCAACUGCAUCUGAGACUACUACGACUACUCCAGGACCUCGUGUAAUGACGUCAGUAUCAAGCUCAACUAUAACUGAGCCAACUACAACUACUCCAGGACCUAGUACAAUGACGUCAGUACCAAGCUCAACUGCAGCUGAGACUACUACGACUACUCCAGGACCUCGUGUAAUGACGUCAGUAUCAAGCUCAACUAUAACUGAGCCAACUACAACUACUCCAGGACCUAGUACAAUGACGUCAGUACCAAGCUCGACUAGAACUGAGCCAACUACAACUACUCCAGGACCUAGUACAAUGACCUCAGUACCAAGCUCAGCUACAGCUGAGACUACUACAACUACUCCAGGACCUAGUACAAUGACGUCAGUACCAAGCUCAACUGCAGCUGAGACUACUACCACUACUCCAGGACCUAGUACAAUGACGUCAGUACCAAGCUCGACUUCGGCUGUUUCACCUACAGUUAUACCAGUAUCGAGUAGUGCUACGGCUAUUUCACCUACAACUACAUCACUGGAAAGCACGACUUCGGCGGUACCUAGUACGUCUGUACUAAACACAACCAUGUCAGAAUCGAGCACGAUAACAACUGUACCAGCUACUACAUCAACACUAAGCACGACUACAUAUGUUCCUACUUCAACUACGUCAGUAGCAAGCCAGACUACAGUUGUAUCUACAGUAACUACAUCAGUAUCGAGCACGACCGAUGGACAAAGUACAAGAACAGUUGGCACAACUGAGACUUUUGCAGAAAACACUACCGUUACUUUAGAACAUACAACAUCUGCUGCACAAAGUACAACUACAGUUGGUGAAACAGCCACCACAGCCAUUGUAAUUACAAGCACAUCUGCACAAAAUACCAGUACAGUUGGUGAAACUGCGAUUACUGAUGGAGAAAGUACGCCCCCUGUUGCACAAAAUACCAAUACAGUUGGUGAACCUGCCACCACAGCUAUUGUAAUUACAACUACUGCUGCACAAAGUACACUUACUGUUGAUGAAAGAUCCACUACAGCUGGAGCAAGUUCGACCACAGCUGCACAAAGUACAAUUACUGUAAGAGAUACUUCAAACACAGCUGGAGAAAUUACAAGCACAUCUGCACAAAGAACAGUUACAGUUGAACAAACUGCAACCUUCGCCGGAGAAAGUACAAACACAGUAACAGACACUGAGACUACAGCGGGAGAAAGUACAACCACAGCUCUAGAACGUACAACCACUGCUGUCCACAGUACUGUUACAAGUCAAGAUGCUGUGAUGACAACUGGAGAAAGUACAGCUACUUCCGGAGAAAGCACAGCUGCAGCUAGUAAAGAUACACCUACCUCUGGAGAAAGUUCUACUACAAUCCAGAACACUUCUCCUUCGAUAGGAGACAGUACAACAUCAAAUACAAUAUGUCCUACUGAUGUGGAAGCCACAACCCUUUCCGUUAGCAACACAACAAUUCUCGAAGAAAGCUCGGAAGCUUCAGGUACCUCAAGCACACCUGUUGUACCUUCCGUCAGUUGCGUCACAGCAGCUGCAGCAGUGAUCGGCAAAUCAUUCAUACUCGAGUGCUCCGUCACAGGUGUGUUCAACCUGUCCCGCGUGGAAUUUCUCCGGAGUGGCCAGGCGUUGGGUGCGAUCGACGUCGCUACCUUAACAGCUACGUCAACCGGCAACGCCACCAUCAACGGCAGCUACGUUGACAAUGUUUUCAAGGUCAUGUUGAUCUUCACUGUCACCUGCGCCGAUGCCGGGAGCUACACCUGUGUGGCCAGGAACGGAGUGGACACGAUCGAGUCGACAGUCCUGGUGGACGUUAGAAAAGAGCCCCAGACGCCGAUGUUGACAGUGCCCAAUAUUAUCGAGUCCGUCACAACCGCGCAACCAAAGUGUCAAGCGGACAUGGGCUACAACAGUGACAUCACUUUCGGGUGGUUGCUGAGACUGUCAAAUGGAACGGAAGAAAUUCUGCCGAAACAUCAAAGCUCGAUUACAGUCAGCACCAAUGACACGACCUGCAGCUCAAGUGGAAUAUCUGUUUUGGAAGCGAACAGGUAUAUUGGGUGGAACAACAGUGAACUGUGCUGUCAGCUCACACACUUAACUAAUGACUCACUUGUGGUCAGCCAGGUGUGCAAAACGUUGAAGCUUCUACCAGCGGAUUACUGUUCUUCAACCAACAGUUCCUACCUCCUGUAUCCUUUUGAACCUUGUUACACCUACGUUCAAUGUUCUCUGGGCACCAUUUACUUCAGUUAUUGCCCUCAGAACAUGAGAUUCUGCUUCAAUGUUACAGCCAUUAGCUGCUCCGUCCCUGACACACACGCCUGCAGGAAUAGAUCCCCUUUGUUUAUGUUUCAUGAAAAGCGCAGAACUUCGUCAACCACAGAGGCAGCCACUACAACUUCUGUUUCCUCACCUCAAAGCACAUCAGCAUCGAUAACACUUCUGACGUCUUCAGAAGAAAGCACGUCCUCAACAGAAAGCAAUACGAUGACAACAGCAACGACCACUUUGUCAUUUCCGCUAUCUGUGGAGUGUCCUGCCUCCACCCCAACCACGAUGGGCAGUUCAGUCACGCUCGAGUGCUCAGCGAUGCACGCGGCCAACCUGACUCGCGUACAAGUGAGUCGUGACGGUCAAACCUUGGCAGCGCUCGACACGACCUCCAUGACCCCGACAGCUACCAGUCCCCGGCUGACCUUGACCGGCAACCUACAUGGUUGAUGCCUUCAAGGUCACGGUCACCUUUUGUCAGUGGCUUGUGCUGACGACGGCAACUACACGGUCGUUGUUGGAAACGAACAACAAACAGUACAUACGAGCUUUCAGCUGAAGAUCAAAGUUGAGCCGGGGUCGCCAGUCAUCACUGUUCCCAAGAUUGUGGAGUCCGUCACAUGGAACAAUCCGGAAUGUCAGGCGGACAUGGGAUACAACAAUGACGUCACAUUUAGGUGGCUGCUGAAAAGGCCAAACGGCACA